CACACACACACACACACACACACCUGUUGUCAUGACUGUGUCGUAAAAUAUCAUAUACAGGUGACGAGGGAAGGGAACACUCCACACAUUGCUCCCUCGCCUCGUUUGAUCAAGGCAGAGGCACAUGCGUCCAGAGAGCCUUUGGGCGUGUUUACGAGAGGCGGUAAAAGAGACACGAGGAACAGAACCCUUGAGUGGGGACGGUCGUGGUUGCUCCCUUCCCCCAUGGAGAAGAAAGAGCAUGGCAUUGUAGACAUUCAUAUAAUCCUGACCGCUUGAAGUACACUGGACCAAAAAGAGAAGAGAGAAAAGAACCAUUGAGGCGGGUCCUGCUCCCCCCAUGAAGAAAAGUAUGGCAUUGUAAACAUUCAUACGAUCUUGACCUCUUGAAUUACACACAAGGAAGAGACAAAGAGUGAAUAAGCAAGAAUAUCAUCAGAGGUUCGUUUCGUCCCUCAAAUACAAAGUUAAUCAGCGAGAAAAGAUAUCCUCGCUCCAUAACAACGCCUGCCUCGCCUCUUCUGUUUUCCUUUUGGUUCUAACAAGCAACACUGGUCCCAAUGAAGGUCUUGGUGGCCCUGGUUCUGGCCGCGGCGCUGCCCUGCCUCGCCUCCUCCUCCUCCACUUUCCCUGUCUUCAAGGACAGCUGUGAGGCGGAAGGCGGCAAGUGUUUGGAGGUUGAAAACGCAAAGGGUGAUUGUUCUACCCUCAAUCAGUACAAGUGUGCCGAGACCUCCCAGCUGUGUUGUGUGGAAGCAGCCUCCCGAAACAUGAAGUCUACGGACAGCAGAGUGUGGACGUGUAAAGGAACGAGGAAGUGCCUGAAGAUGCAAGGAAGGUGCGUCCCCAAAGCCGACCUGAAGUCCGUAUGUCCCCCUUCCAAAUACGCCUUCAAAAAGUUAUGUGACAGCGAAUCGUGUGUCUGCUGCAUCGAAAAAAAGAAGAAGAAGUGCAAGCCGACCCAGAAGUGUUUGGCCAUGGAGGGAAAAUGCAUCAGUAAGGGGAAGGGCAAGAAGUGCAAAGGCCGGGUCGUGAAGGAAGGCUGCAAGGGGAAGAAAUGUGCCUGCUGUAUCCCGGGCCCGGUGAACUGUGAGCCCUCCCUCAAAUGCAAGAGUGUCAACGGCGUCUGCACCCCUAAGAAGUCCAAACCCUCGUGCGGAUCCAUUCUCAAAAAGGCGUGCCAGGGAAAAGGGUGCAUCUGCUGCGUCCCUGAAAAGCCAAAACCUACACCGCCAGUCACCAUUCCUACCAGACCGCCCGUCACCAUUCCUACCAGACCGCCCGUCACCAUUCCUACCAGACCGCCCGUCACUAUUCCUACCAGACCACCCGUCACCAUUCCUACUAGACCGCCCGUCACCACCCCUCCCAUCCGCACCACCCCGCCCGUCACCACCACCCCCGCCGUCACCACCACCCCCGCGGCCGCCUGCAGGUGCGGUAUCAUCAACGACCGCCGCAUCGUGGGGGGCGAGCAGGUGCAGCCACAGAACAAGUAUCCGUGGGUGGUGGGCCUGGACGUGUUGGGCGACUCUCUCUACGACUGCGCCGGGAACAUCAUCAACGACCGGUACAUCCUCACCGCCGCCCACUGCCUCUUCAACCCCGACACCCUGGAGCGUAUACCCCUCAGCGACAUCACGGUGGGCAUCGCGGACCACGACCAGACUUCGACGGCUGACGACGUGCCCGGCGUGACCAUGAAAGUCGGCGUGGAAGAGGCCAUCAUCUUUGACAGCUUCAGCAUCGUCAACGUUGACUUCGACAUUGCUCUCCUGAAGCUGGAGCAACCUUUGGAUCUCACGGCACCAGAAAUAGGUCCUGUCUGCCUACCUGCCAACGAUGAUGACACAUACGGAGGCGACUCUGGCACCGUGGUGGGCUGGGGCGCCACGGAGGAGGGCGGGGCGCUGCCGAACAUUCUGAGGGAGGCUGAUAUACCCAUCCUGCAGAAAGCGGCAUGUGAGAGCAUCAUGGUCGCCUUCUUCACCAUCACGGAAACGAUGAUUUGUGCCGGAACGGAUGCGGGAGGGGUGGACUCCUGUAACGGUGACUCCGGGGGGCCGCUGUCCGUGGUGGAGGGCGACCAGCACGUGCUGGUGGGCCUGUCUGCCUUUGGUGACGGGUGCGCCAGGCCGGGCAUCCCUGGCGUGUACUCGCGAAUCAGCAAAUACCUCAGCUGGAUAAGGGAAAACACCCAGGACGCCGUCUACUGCCCCUGAACUGUUCAUUGUUUGGGGAAGAAAAGCGGCGAUGUUUUUUUUUUUCUUACUUUUAUCCUCCUUGACAAUAUCAGUUGUCAUCUCCAAUCGGUGUUCAAUAAACGUGUUACCAUUAUAAGAAUUCUAGUACCAAGGACCCAAAUAAAACUACGCCUAUGAGAUUCUAAGGGAAAUAAAA